UCCUGACGCGGCCCGGCCGGACCCUGGAGAAACCCAGCGGCGGGCAGGCUAGGGGUCGCGGAGUGCUUGUGACAGCAGCGGCGUCCAGAGGGGUGGGUGAGGGUCCGGCACUAUUCUGAGCUCCUGAGUGAGCGUGGCGCUCAAGUGACGGCGGAGAAGGCGGGGAGAGCGGCCCGCGGAGCCGGGAGCGGGGCCAAGGCGCAGAGACGCGGCGGCGCGGCUGUGGGCUGCAUGGGAAGUUAAUGUUUACGGCGGAGUCCACCCAACGUUUCCAAGGUGGCGACAGACAAGGUUGCAGAAAAGCUGAGUUCUACUCUCUCAUGGGUGAAGAACACAGUAUCAUAUACUGUCAGUCAGAUGGCAAGUCAGGUGGCAAGUCCAUCUGCUUCAUUACACACUACAGCCUCAUCUACCACGCUGUCAACGCCAGCCCUUUCGCCUUCAUCCCCGUCGCAGUUGAGUCCAGAUGACUUAGAACUCCUGGCUAAACUGGAGGAACAAAAUAGGUUGUUAGAGACGGAUAGUAAGUCUUUAAAAUCUGUAAAUGGGUCAAGAAGAAACAGUGGCUCCUCCCUUGUAUCAAGUUCAUCAGCCUCCAGCAACCUCAGCCACCUUGAAGAAGAUUCUUGGAUACUUUGGGGAAGAAUUGUUAAUGAAUGGGAAGAUGUACGCAAAAAGAAGGAAAAGCAAGUUAAGGAACUUGUUCGUAAAGGGAUACCCCACCAUUUUAGAGCAAUAGUUUGGCAACUUUUAUGCAGUGCACAAAGCAUGCCGAUUAAGGAUCAGUAUUCAGAACUCCUGAAGAUGACUUCGCCUUGUGAAAAAUUGAUCCGAAGGGACAUUGCUAGAACUUAUCCUGAACACAAUUUUUUUAAGGAAAAAGAUAGCCUUGGACAGGAGGUUUUAUUUAAUGUAAUGAAGGCAUAUUCUUUAGUGGAUCGUGAGGUUGGUUACUGUCAAGGAAGUGCAUUUAUAGUUGGAUUGUUGCUUAUGCAGAUGCCAGAAGAAGAAGCUUUCUGUGUAUUUGUUAAAUUAAUGCAAGAUUAUAGACUUCGUGAACUUUUUAAACCAAGUAUGGCAGAAUUGGGCCUUUGUAUGUACCAGUUUGAAUGCAUGAUACAGGAACAUCUUCCAGAGCUCUUUGUACAUUUUCAGUCUCAGAGUUUUCAUACCUCAAUGUAUGCAUCAUCCUGGUUUCUGACUAUCUUUCUUACGACUUUUCCACUACCAGUUGCAACAAGGAUAUUUGAUAUCUUUAUGUCUGAGGGUUUAGAAAUAGUGUUUCGAGUAGGAUUAGCACUUCUUCAAAUGAAUCAGGCAGAACUGAUGCAACUCGACAUGGAAGGGAUGUUACAGCACUUUCAGAAGGUCAUCCCACAUCAGUUUGACGGAGGUCCAGACAAAUUAAUCCAGGCAGCUUACCAAGUCAAGUAUAACUCAAAAAAAAUGAAAAAGCUUGAAAAAGAAUACACUACAAUAAAAACUAAAGAAAUGGAAGAGCAAGUUGAAAUUAAAAGGUUACGCACAGAAAAUAGACUUUUAAAGCAGCGCAUUGAAACAUUAGAAAAAGAAAGUGCUUCCUUGGCAGAUAGAUUGAUACAGGGACAAGUGACAAGAGCCCAGGAGGCUGAGGAAAACUACCUCAUAAAACGGGAACUGGCCACCAUCAAACAGCAGAGUGAUGAGGCCAGUGCUAAACUGGAGCAGGCUGAGAAUACCAUCAGGAAGCUCCAGCACCAACAGCAAUGGCAUAAAUGCAGUUCCAACUACAAUGAAGAUUUUGUGCUACAACUAGAGAAAGAAUUGGUUCAAGCCCGCCUGAGUGAAGCUGAAUCUCAGUGUGCGCUAAAGGAGAUGCAGGAUAAAGUCCUGGAUUUAGAGAAGAGAAACAACUCCUUUCCUGAUGAGAAUAACAUUGCAAGGCUUCAGGAAGAACUCAUUGCUGUGAAACUGAGAGAAGCAGAAGCUAUAAUGGGUUUGAAAGAACUUAGACAACAAGUCAGAGAUUUAGAGGAGCACUGGCAGCGCCACUUAGCUCGCACUACUGGGAGAUGGAAAGACCCACCUAAGAAAAAUGCUGUGAAUGAGUUACAAGAUGAACUGAUGACCAUUCGACUUAGAGAAGCAGAAACACAGGCAGAAAUAAGAGAAAUAAAACAAAGGAUGAUGGAAAUGGAAACACAGAACCAGAUUAAUAGUAAUCAUCUUCGAAGAGCAGAACAAGAGGUGAUCAGUCUACAGGAGAAGGUGCAGUAUCUUUCUGCGCAGAACAAAGGUUUACUUACUCAGUUAAGUGAAGCGAAACGCAAACAAGCUGAGAUUGAAUGCAAGAACAAGGAAGAAGUGAUGGCUGUGAGACUCCGGGAAGCAGACAGCAUAGCUGCUGUGGCUGAACUACAGCAGCACAUUGCUGAGCUUGAAAUCCAGAAAGAAGAAGGAAAGCUUCAAGGACAGCUUAACAAGUCUGAUUCUAACCAGUAUAUUAGGGAACUGAAAGAUCAGAUAGCAGAGCUGAAUCAUGAGCUCAGGUGCCUAAAAGGCCAGAGGGGCUUCUCAGGCCAACCCCCUUUUGAUGGAAUCCACAUUGUCAACCAUUUGAUAGGAGAUGACGAAUCAUUCCAUUCCUCUGAUGAAGAUUUUAUAGAUAAUUCCUUACAGGAGAGCGGCAUUGGUUUCCCUUUGCACAGAAAAUCUGGCCCCAUGUCUUUGGACCCCGCUGUGGCAGAUGGUAGUGAAAGUGAAACAGAGGACAGUGUGAUGGAGACCAGAGAGAGCAAUCAAGUGGCUCGAAAGGACCGACCCCCAAGGAAAAGAGAAUCGUACUCAACCACUGUCUGACCAUCACUGUGAACUAGACUGUGGAUUUUUUUAAGGGAUCAGUUAUAUAAUUAAGGGUUUUGGGGACAUAUCUGUUUCAUAUGUACAUAUAUAUAUUUUUCGAUCUUAUCUGCCUUUUUAUCUUUGCCAAACCUUCACUGCUAACUUAGCAUUGCCAUAAAGUAGACUGGAAUAUGGUUAACAUGAUAAAUAAGGUUCUAACAGUAUUACUGAAUAUUAAAUGUUUCUUGUGUAGAAAAUACAAUUAUAUCUAUAUGUGGGAACCAUUUUGAAGUUCAAAAUUAUGGAAAAUUUAAUUUUCUUCUGACAAAACUGCUCUUGUGCAAUAUUUUAUGCUCAGUAAACAAAUUGUAUAUUUAUGUUUAUCAAUUUGUUAUCAGAGCAGCUGUCUACAAACAUUUAACCAAGACAUGCAUCUGAUUUAUCUUGUUCUUUUGUGUUUGAGGUAUUUUUUUUUUCAAUUGAAAUCACUGCCUUAUUAGUGGGCUACUGAAAGUUCCCAAACACAGUAGGGUUUUUUUUCCCAUAUAAUUUUAUAAAUACAAAUUAAUGGUUAUCUUUCUUGGGAGUUUUAAGUUUUAUUUGAAUUAAUUUUUAUGUGCAUAUGAUACUUCCAUAUAUUGCUUACCAGUCAGAGAAGUAAGUUAACUACAAAUAUGUUGUUUUUUGUACAUAAUUUAUAAAUAAGCCUCACCCACUAUCAAACACCAUUUUAUAUGGAGAAUGUACAUGUUGCAAAAUGACUGCCUUCAGCAUUUGAACAGGACUUCUGUAAAUAAAAAGUUAAAAGGAAAUUGAAAAUAAAACCAAACACUAAUAUUUUAAUAGCUUUAGUAUUUUGCUUAGCAUUCACCACUAGCAAAUUCAUUACUGAUGCUUGUUCAGAAAUACUAUUGGUGAGAUCUUUUGCUUCAUAUGUAUGUAACUAAUAAAUUGUCCAUGAUUCAAAAGGUUAUAGCACACAUUACUUAGAGCUAAUAUUUUACUUAAUAUAAAUUAAGCAGUGGACUUAAGUCCAAGAUACACAACAAUAUCUGCAAAUAAAUCUAUGAGCAUUAUCUUCAGAUUCUCUAAUCACUAAUCUAUGAAGCCACAAGAAUUCUUUCCUACCAGUUCUUCAUUUUUUAUCAUCUAGACUAUUUUUCCUUGGAAAUUGAGUAUCUAUCACUGAUAAAUUGGAGGAGACACCCAAAUUACACUUACACUAUGAAAAAACAGCAAGAAUGCAUUGACUGGAUGCUUUCCACUCUUAUUUUCAUCAACAGCCUUCAAGGAUAAGAAGGGAAGGUACAUUCAGUAUAUAUAGAGAUACAAUUUUGCAGCGUAUUUUGCAUGCAUGAAAAAAUAUAUGUACUACAGAAUGGAGAAGAAGAGACAAAAGUAGUUUUCUAUCUAAAACCAGGAACCCUGGCUGGUGUGGCUCAGUCAGUUGGAGCAUCAUCCCAUAACUGAAGGGUUACAGGUUCAAUUCCCAGUCAGAACACAUACAUAUGUUGUGGGUUUGAUCUUUGGUCCGGGUGUGGACAUGUGCACCCCUGGGUCUGGAUACGUAUGAUCCCCGGGGUCCCGAGGAUCCCCUGUCUGGGUCGGCCCAGGCACAUAUGGGAGGCAACCAGUCGAUGCUUCUCUGUCACAUUGAUGUUUCUCUCUCUCCUUCUCUCUCUAAAACAAUGAAAAAAUGUCCUUGGGUAAGGACAAAAAAAUUUUGAAAUAUAUAAAAAGUAAAACCAGGAGUUAAGCCUUAUGCAUCUCCAUGGACAAGGCCUUUCCAGCAAGCCCUUUGUAGCUGUUUGAGAAACGAGAUUGAAAACAUGCCUGCCCUGUCCGUAGCACCAGGCUAAAUGCUAAUGGUUAAGUAACUUACAUGUUAGUAAGUAACAGAGCCAAGAUUUUAACUCAGAUCUUUCUGACACCAAAGCAUUUGAAAAAAUUUCAGCUAACGAAUUUCUUAAUGCCCUCCUUUUCUUGCCAUUAAUAUGAUUUUAAGUAAGUUUAAAUCACAUUUCAUGGCUUACAGGCGUAGAUACUACUCCCAGAAUUGUUUGGUGCUUUGGGGGUUCCGUACUGUCAGCCUGGGAGGCUGUUGAUGCCCAAGUGAAAUGAGAUGAGUAAUGGUUUUAUGAUUGCUUUGACACCCACAUCAAGAAAUCUGAAUGAUCUAAACCAGAGGUCACCAACUACACCCAUGAGCCAGUUUCCAGCCAACUACCUGUCUUUAUGUGACCUACAAGCCAACAGUGUUUUUCACAUUUUCAAAUAGUUGAGGAAAAAAAUCAAAAGAAUAUUUUGUCUCAUGAAAAUCAUAUAAAACUCAAAUUUCAGUGUUGAUAAAGUUUUAUUGGAUACUCAUGCUUACCCAUUAUAUCGUCUAUGGCUGCUUUUGUGUUACAGUGGCAAAGUCAAGUAGCCUAAAAUAUCUAUUGUUUGGCUCUUUAAAGGAAAAGUUUGCUGACCCUUGAUUUAGAUACUCUAAAAUGUAGGCUUGCUUCUUCAAUUUGUCUCAGUGGAAGGUUGAACCAUUUGUUUUUGCUGUUGAGCUAAUAGUUUGGAAACCUAAAAUUUCCUGGUGAAUCUCGUGCUCAGAACUAUUCAAAAUGGAAAGUGUGCCAGCUAUUUUAUAUCAUGAAGUCUUUGACACCAUAGGCAAAUUUGGAAGGAUAUCUGUACCUUUGGACAUGGAGAAAGAAAGAAUUCCAGAAUCACAGCACUUUUCUUUAAAGUAUGUAGGAUUGACCUUUUGGGCAUGCUUUAUUGAAUCAAUAUUAUAAUUUGACUUUAAAAGAAAGAAUGUCUUUCUAUA